AUGAUUCAGAUCAUUCAGAUGAUCAUACAAAAUCGCGUCAGCUCGCGAAAAACGCGUUACCUGUUACGGAAUUUCAAGCGAAUUGCGAAUUGCGAAUUAUGACUGCAGUACUUAGAACUAAAACAUACUUAGAUUUUAAAGCAAAUAAUGAAACAAAUACUUACGUUUACUUUAAGAUGGUAGAAGCGCGAUUCUGGCAGUUAAAACAUUAUUUAGGCUUUCGUCUGAAAACCGAUGAAAUAAUUUUACCAUGGUCCACUGUCUACUGCGAUUGGCAAACGUCUCUAAAGCGUAUUGCACAGAAUACUAUUAAAAAAUUUCCGGGUUGUAUAACUGUAUUUUGCAAGGAUCUUCUUGACAUUUGCAAUACCUUUGAAGGUUCUGAAGUAAGAAAAAAAUGUGAGGAUUUAUAUAAUGAAUUCUAUCAACGGCACCUUGACAAGCAGAUUGCCGAGAGAAUUCGGAUACUCGAUUCAACAGUAUUCUCAGAACGUAAAUUUUCUGAAUUCUUGCGAAACACAUCGGACAAAAAAAGAAUAGGAGAAGAUAAUGAAGUAGCCUCAUCGUCUAGUGAAAAACGAAUUCGCCUUGAAGAAGAUGUACCAUCUGAACCGUUCAAAGAUCACGAAGACGAAGAAGUAUAUGACUAUGAUGAUGAAAUUUCAGAUGUCAAGGCUAUGAAUUUCUCGAUUGAAGAGAGUGAAACUGAAGAAAUUUCUCAACCGGAAGCUGUACAAGUUGAAAGUUCUCUAUUUAAUGCGUGGAUUCUCUCGACAGGGAAAAACGUCUCUCAAGUUUUGGAGAACUAUAGAUUAACAAUUCCAAAAUCAAAGGCUUACCUAUAUCCUGCAUUUUUUGGAAUACUUGAUUUAUCUGGGGAAGAUACAGAAGUCAAGAAACUGUUUACCGACAAUGAAUGGUCAGAAAUGAAAAAUGAUUUUAGCAAAACAGUGGAAUUUAAAAAUAUAAAAGAAGUCAAUAAUAAGCCGGAAGGGACUAAUAACAGCAGUAGAGGAAAUAAUACUACCACUAGUAAUGAAGCAAAACGGCGAUCUCAAGAAGAAACGUUGUACGACUUAUUUGAUAAAAUCCAAGAGGUAAUAAGAAAGAAGCCAGAUGAUCUAAUCACAGCGAUAGAAAAAUGUACAAUUGAGGGAAAUUCAAAGAUCAACUCUAUACGAAGACUAAUCCAAGCCUACGCUUAUAAUCUGGAAAGAUUACAAACCUCGAUCCCAGAGGCUAUGUUCUCCAAUAAUUUUACGAACAUGAUAACUAAAGGCAUCCUGACGUAUCACCAGAAGUUUAUAUACGAUGAAGGAGAGAUACAAAGUAUUGCAUCUGCAUUCAUUACAAAUUCAACGAAGAAACCAACAGACAGGUCUCUGAUAGGACAAAAAUGCGACUUUAGGGUUACAUGUGACGGAUUUGAAAUGGUUAUUGGGUUACGAUCUGGGGGAUUGCCAGAGGCCUGUAAAUCAAAGAAGUUGAGCGAUAAGAUUGAUUUGAUGGUUGCAAUGCGCGACGUAUUAUUGCACGAAGCAAUCGAUAAUAAUGGAGUGGAGUGUACAGAUUUCAAACAAUUAUAUACAAUUGGAGUCCACUCGUAUGGUAAGAUUUUCAGGAAAAGCACAUCAUCAAUUGUUGGAUCAUUUAAAAAAACAAAGUUACCACAAUCAAAUGCACAAUUACUCAUGAUUGAGAAAUUAGUCGUAACAUUGUUACGAAUUGAGUUAACACUCAAUCAUAUUGAAACUAUUCGGAAUGACUUGGCAGUAAAAGCAUCAAGAUUACAUAGAAAAGGGCGCACAUCUGUCAUCCUUAAACAAUAUGCAGAUUGUGAACAACGUGUAAGGCGGAUACGUAUUUUAAAAGAUAUAUAUAAGGAUUAGCGUGUAUGGAAUAAUAAGACGUUUCGCUUAUAUGAUUAACUUGUGUAUAUAUAUUAAUGUAAUCUUUGAGCCUUUCUAAAUAUGCAUAUGCAUCGGAAAAUAUUGCGCAAUACAUUGUAAUACAAUCAUUUAACAGAAUU